UAUGCCGUCAACAUUACUGUUGGUACACCACCAGUACAGCUUCAAGUUGAAUUGGAUACUGGCUCUUCUGAUCUUUGGGUUAUUAGCACAAAAGCGCCUGUCUGUAAAAGAUACAAUUGCAACAUUUACGGAGUCUUCGACAAAGAUAAGUCAUCGAGUUGGAAAAGUAAUGGCACAGAGUUUGGAAUUAGGUAUGUUGAUGGCAGUGGUAACGAUGGAGGAAUUUAUGGACAAGAUACUAUUAAUUUCGGCAACGGGUUGGUGUUGAACAACGCAACUUUUGCUGUGGCCAAUGAAACGGUUGAUCUUGUUGGUAUAAUGGGGAUUUCCUUUGAAUUCAGAGAAGCUGCCACACAGAAAUAUCCAAAUAUACCUUCUCUAAUGAAACUACAGGGAUACACCAAGAAAACAGCUUAUUCUUUAUAUGUCACUGAUGAAGUCAAACAAGCUGGUUCUAUUUUGUUUGGCGGAAUUGACCACGCAAAAUACGAGGGUGAAUUGGUUUCCUUGGAUAUGGUUGCUCUGAAUGGAACUUAUCGAGCUUUACAAACUGAAUUAACUUCCAUCAAAAUCUAUGAAAAUGAUGUUGCUAUUGGUAUUCCAUUUACAUUCGACUCUGGAGCAGAUAUAACUAUUAUCAGAGAAGAUUUCCUUGAGCAGAUAUAUAAGGUGUUGGCUCCUGGAGAAGAUUUUCAAGUCUAUGGUACAUUAGGAACAUACAAGGUACCAUGUUAUUUGAAUGACAGUGGCAAUUUCUUGAGUUUCAGCUUCAGCAAUAAAAAGGAAAUCCAAGUGCCAAUGAGUGAGUUUCUUUUGUCGCAAGAAACCGCUAACGGAAUUCAGUGUGGGUUGAAGAUACUGACUCCUUCUCCAGGAUUGGAAGAUCAUGGAAUCUUUGGAGUUAACUUCUUGAGAUCGGUCUACACAGUUUUCAACUUGGAUGAUAAGACUAUCUCUCUCGCCAAGGUAAAGUAUUCUGAAGAUGAACGGAUUACUGCCAUAGAGUAA